GAACACACCCCCCCGUGCCAGCGGAAGCGUCACCGUCGUCCUUCGAGCAACGCUCUCUCACGCUCCUUUAUACGCUCCUUUACACUUCUCGCUGCGCCCCCGAAUAAUAAUAGUGUUAUCCGUUUAAUUCGCGUCUCAAUGGAAGCAGCAGUCAUGGAUAUCCUGAAGGUGGUCGACAUUCGGAAGCCCAGCAUUGAUAGGCCGUUUGGUGUACACCUCUGGCCGAUAUUCAACGCGCUGUUUGGAAAGGUUGUGGGAUAUCCCGCGGAUGACUUCCGUUUUGUCCGCGAGGUCACCCCUAUCUCGACGUUUAGGGAGAGUGCGAGCUUGAUUAUCGCCUACUAUGCAAUUAUCUUUGGUGGGAGGCUUGUCAUGUCGAAUUUUGGGGCCGUGAGAUUACGGACCCUUUUCCAACUCCACAAUCUCUUCUUGACGACUGCGUCGGGGAUACUGUUGGCCUUGUUUAUCGAGCAGUUGACUCCCACCUUGUACAAUCAUGGUUUGUUUUACGGAAUUUGUAAUGGUGCUGGUGGCUGGACGCAGCCUAUGGUUGUGUUAUAUUACGUGUGUUCCCCUGACUACGUGAUCUCGCACGGCUGAGCCCCCCUUGCGGUUGGGAUGUGAUCCGAUUGGGGCUAACCGGGACGUGCGUGUUUUAGCUGAACUACCUCACGAAAUAUUUCGAACUUCUCGACACUGUUUUCCUCGUUGUCAAGAAGAAGCCUUUGAGUAUGCGAGAUCCUCUGUUCGAUUGACCCGCUUUGAGGGUGAGCUGACUGGUUGUUAGCCUUCUUGCACUGCUACCACCAUGGUGCUACUGCUCUUCUUUGCUACACUCAACUUAUUGGGAGCACUGCCGUUGUAAGUGCACCCGUCCUCGCCGCUGUGGGGCUGGGUUGGGUGUUUGAAUGUUGACAUGUGAUUUAGUCUUGGGUUCCCAUCACUUUGAAUUUGUUCGUCCAUGUCGUUAUGUAUUGGUACUACUUCCAGGCUGCUCGUGGCGUUCAGGUUUGGUGGAAGCAGUGGAUCACCCGUCUUCAGAUUAUCCAAUUCGUUAUUGACCUCGGUAUGCUCUCGUUUACCGCCUUUGGUGCGGUUCGCGUCUGGUUCUGACAUCCCUGCCAUAGGAUUCGUUUACUUUGCCUCUUACACUUACUUCACCUCUACCUACUGGCCUCACAUUACCAACAUGGGAAAGUGUGCUGGUGAGGAAUUUGCUGCCUUCGCUGGCUGCGGCAUCCUUUCAUCGUACCUCGUCCUUUUCAUCAGCUUCUACUUUUCCACCUACCGGAAGGGUAGUAAGCGUGCUGCUAAGAAGGCUGUUGCCAAUGGCAGCAUUGCUGUUGACCCCAAGUUCACCCGGGAAACCUUGGGUAGUGUUGCUAACGGGGGUGGCAAUGGAUACACCAAUGGACAUGCCACCAAUGGCAAUGUCCUGAGGACCAACGGGAGCGUCAGGUCUCGAAAGGCAUAAGCUGCCUCAGUAGCGGUAGAUACUAUUUGACAACGGGGGCGGGGGAUGUGUGUACGGGGAGUUUGGUGCUGAUGAGAUGAUGUAAUAGUUGUGCUGGAAUAUUCUUGCGACAUAAUGCCUUGCGGGGGGGGGGGGGGUUCAUAAAAAGAAAUAAUGGGUGGUGUUUAUGUCUUCAUCUGAUUACGGAAUGGGUUUAGAGAUUGGUGGGCGGGGCGUGCAAAAGAAGGAGCCAGGGGGGUUUACGUGCCCUAUGUUUAGUACAGGCGAGUAUGAUCUGCGUUCUCAAACUUCUAUAUACUUUGGUCACGCUCUAGGGUUUUAUAUCAACUUCUUGUACAUUUCCUUUUUUUAGUUUUCCCUUGUGCUUCUGUGUGCCCCCCCUUCUUUUUUGUCACUACUACACUUUUGGGGAAACAAAUAUUUUUCUUUUUUCUUUCUCUCCGGCUGCUCUUUUUUGUCGGCAAUGCUUCAGUCUCGGCGGCCACUUGGAGGAUAAUAAUUACAUAAAGAUAGAAGUUCCUGGUUGCUAUAUAUGGUCCAGUUGUCAAGAUACUUAUGAACGCAAUUACAGAGAUGCAAUACAGAUAAUCUACAAGAGGGAAGAAAAGAAAAAAAAUUGAAUGAGAGAGUACUAUCGUAUCAUUUUGAUGGUUUUUGUGAUAUGAUUGAUUCGUUUAUCGACAACACCUUCCAACAUUUACCCGUCCAUCCAUCCGCCCAUCCCGUUUUCACCACACCAUAGACUACAGUAAAACUACACCAUAUCCCUAACCCAUCUAGGAAACUAAAAAAGAAGGAAGGGGAAAGAAGCAAGCAAAAAAACAAGAAUGUGGCAAAAGCGCAACAGAGGGGAAGAAAGAGAGAGAGAGUAUGCUAUACAAACGCCAUCUACGAGUGAAAGAGAUAGAAACAAACGAGUAGGCAACAAGAAUGAAAAAGGCAAGGGGGGGAGGGGGGAGGGAGAACAGCCACUAGGAACCACCACUGUUGUUGCUGCUGGUACUAAUGGCUGGAGUGGAGCUCCUACCGACUACCACUUUUGACUGGGCGAUUUGCAGGAUCGCGUCACCGGAACCGGAGUACCCGUCCAACUUGGAUAGACGGUCGAUGAACAUUUGGGCGUCUUGGGUCAUGCUAUUUCCGCGUUAGCACGUGUGAUAGAAGUGUGUUGAUGGGGUAUGAGAGAACAAACCGCUCUUUAGCACCCUGGCUACGAACAACCACGUCCCGAAACCCAUCUUCGAGCCUGGCCCGGUAGUCUUCAAACACUGGAGUCAUGAUCCCGACUAGUGUCUCCCUGGGCAGGUGCUUCGAGAGGACUUUGUGCAGGACUGUAGUCUCCUUGCAGAGCGUUUCCAUGUAAUACUUCCCUCCUGCUUCCUCGCCAACCCUCGCAGCAUCCCAAUCCUGCGCUUUAAGGUUUAGCACAUGCACCUUUACGCGCUCGGACAUGAUACUGAUCAGUUUUGUGUGGAUUUCGGAUUGGUAUUGCUGGUAGGUGCGCUUCACUUUGUCAAAGUCUUGUAGUGUCGGGGAUUGCGGCGUUCGCCGCCGCACCGUCUCUCGCAGGUAGGGCAGCAGCGAGGUGAUUAUGCUUAGGCCCUGCGAAGCCAUGGCUAGGUGCUUUGUCGUUAUGGACUUUAGGCCGGCGGUUUUAGUGGCACCAGCGCCGAGGAUAAGUUGGUAGGUUCGGGAGUUGUGGAGCUUUUUGUUGGGUUCGUUAGUACUUUUUGCUUUUGUGAGUUCCGGAGGAGGGGGAAUACUUUUAGGAAUGAGAGGAGAUUGUUGGCAAUAUCUGUUGCCAUACCGGGAAUUACUAUUAGGAGCUUCAGGUAGCCUUCUAGUUCUUUUAAUACCAUUAUUCCACUUUCCGGGAGGAUAAAUUUCUGGUUGUCGACAACCGCGUGGGGUUUCCCGGGUGCUGGCGCUUUGACGCCGUUAGCUUCGGUGCCGUUACCGUUGGCAACUGCAGUAGAAUCACCAGCAGUAGCAGUUGUAUUCAUAGGUGGAGGUGCAGUAUUAUCUUCCUCAUCCCGCAAUUCCCAAAUCCGGCCUGCACGCACCCAAACCUCCGGGUCGUGGGUUGCUGCCUCCAUUAUUCUAUGGACGCCCUUCUGCCGUUCAUCUUCGAAUUCGCGCGGCGCCCAUUUAUCCUUCUCGAGGCAUUCCGCCAACAUGCGGAUUCGCUCACGCUGCCACAAGUUCAGGAAUUCACGAAUCUGAGCGCUGACAGCGUUCUGCAGUCCACUACCAACACGGACGCUGACUGCCUCGCACUCUUGGGUGAAUAAUCGGUUGAGGGUGAAGUAUCGCAGGAACCAGUCUGUGCUGUAGGUGGUAACUUGUUCGCUGCGGACAUUAACGAUCUUGACGAUCUGAGAUUGUGCUAUUUCCACUGCGGAGCUGAUCAGGUCUGAGAUGUCCAUGCUGAUGGGCUCUGGGCCGCCAUUGGGCUUCUGCUCCCCGUUCGUGACUCCGUGGAAGCCAUUCUGCUCAAGCCGUGGUGAGAGCAUCCCGCCAACGCCGGUCUCUCCCAUGCGCAUUGUUACGUCUAGGAGCAUCUUUUGCUGAGUGCCCAGUCGACGAACGAGUUCUGAUACACUUGUGUAGAUUUUCACGAGUAAGUCUUCAGAAUCGGCAGGGCCAAGUGAGCGCAGUGAACGAGCGAGUAACAAGGAUUUAUCUUGGCUGCUUGUUCGGAUACCGCCAGAGCGAGAGUUAGUCAUGCCGGACAUUGCACUUUCGUUGUCAUCACCGUUUGGCAUGUUUCUUCGUAUUAGGCUUUUGGCUUCUUUGAUAACUGCAUCUCUAUAUGCCUGAACUGCUUCAUUGACGUGCUUCGCGCGCUGCAGGCCGUUAAGAUGUCGCAUGAGUUGAGAUCGCAAGCUAUCUGAGAGUUGAGUGUAUUCCGGGGGUAGGCUUGAUGAACGUGGGGGUGGUUGAAGACUGUCUCGUUGCCUCGCGGAAACAAAUCUUUGAUAUUGCUCCCUCUGGAAGCUUUGGGCAAAGCGUCUUAGAGUCUCAGCGGGCGGCACUCGCUCCACAUGCUUCCGAAGGUCCGUGAGCAGACCUUCUACAAAUCGGGCUUCAAACGCUUUGCCUAUACGCCAACGGAGAUGAGCUAGAUCAGCGCUGACAGCUUCAAGGGCUCGCACAGGACGGAGGUCUAGUAAUCCCUCCUGACCCCUUCCACAUAUCAGUCUAUCAGUUUCUGCGACGCCUGCCAGAGCAACAUCAACCUCAUUGUCGACCAGUGCCCUUUCGGCGCUUUGGAAUGAUUGCAGAACCCGCUCCGUCUGUUUGACUGCCCCUUCUAGCCUUGCUAUAUUGUCUCUUCGACGUCGCAAUCGAACAAUCUCCAGUCCCUUUACGGCCUGUUCCUCAUCCAAUGUGACCAGCUCCUUCCGUAAGCCUUGGAUCUUUUGAACGCUAGCUGUAGCCUCCGAAUGUAAUUCACGGAGAUCUCCUAAAGCUGCGAAGAAAGAGGAGCUUGCUGUUGAGAUGGAAGAUAUCAAGUGAACUUCCACUGUGUCCAUGUACCAUGAUAGCUUCUCUUGUAGGAUCGCAUUUGUCGCCAGCGCCCUCCGUUGCGAGUUGAGUGAGGACACCGAGGCUCCAGAUGAUAGCACGGGCCCCUCAGCUGAAUUGGUGGGUGCAGGACGGAUGACAUCGGAUCGCUCACUGACGACAUCGAACGUACGGGGAUUCUCAAGCUGAAAGUUUUCGUCAAAGUAGACGGUCGGAACCGUUGACAGUGGGGUCGCUGCUAAGCUUCCUUUCCUGGCCCUCCUUCUCCUAGGAGAGCUAUUGGCAGAUGAAGUAUCCCCUCCACCCCCAGCAUUCUGUAACAAUCCACUCUCUCCACCAGCUACCGCCAGAUCGGCUACACUCGGUGAUGGUGAUACAGGUUGGUGUUUCGGCUGAUUCACGCUCGCCAGCCGGAUGUGCUCCUCCAAUCCCAUGUCCUUUGCCCUCCGAUACUUCUCGUAUUCUCCGGAUAUUCUCAGGUAGGGAGCGAAUUCGCUUAGUUUGAUUUUAGGAAUACUCGUUAGGGUUACCGGUGGAAUUUCGCCAGGCUUCGGUCGUGACGCGGCGGAAGCGCGGGAUUGCGGGGUCUCGAGAAGGGAAGAAAUUGCUAGUUGAAAUGUAUAUAGACCGCAGCGCGGGAUUUGGCUCAGGCUUCAGCUUUCCGGCGGGCCCAUUUCAUUGGGGAGGGAGGGGAGGGGGCAGGGGGGAGGUCUUGGUGGGCAGAUGGCGGGCGAGUAGGAAAUAGAGACAUACAGGUGCUGCUAGCACUUCCACCACCUCCGGCUCCUCCAUCAUAAUCCUUGGGGGCUCGCCAGUCGACAACUGUUCCGAGGGAAGAGUUUAAAGAGAUAAUAGAACUUGCAGUAGAGCCUCUCCGUCCCUUCGGGGGCCUGCUAGCUCGAGGGGGAUAUGCGGCGGCGGUAAGAUCUGUUUGGGAAGCGGUUGGAGAGAGAAUUGGUGAGAGAAGGACAGAGGAGUCUCCGGAGUGACGACGGGAAGGGGUGGGCGAGGACAUUCUGGAGGGUAUGAAGUUAUAUUAAGAAGGGGAGAGAGCGUGGGGCAAAAGAUAGAGAACAAAAGGAAAGACCAAAGAUGGCUAUUAGACUGGUUGU